AUGGUAUCCUCCAACGAUGUACAGCGUCUCUUCCUCCAAUCCAUGCUUUCGAGGAGAAUCAUCUCCCAAAAAUUAGCACUCAAAAUAUGGGAGAAGUGCGUGGAAGCGGUUAGAGCCGCGGACGACUCCCUCGAAAUCCCUUUCAGCAGUGACAGGAAUUCAUGGGACAACUUCGUCUCGAAUAUUAACAACGCGCUCAACCCACUUGACCUGGAGUUUGCCCAUAUGCACGAUGAGUACACUGGCAAAGAAAUGUGUGUCCUCGUUAACAGGAGGGGCGACGAGAUUGCCCAAAUGGCCACUGACUACUCAGCGGUCGAGAUCGCCUACUUUAAAGCGGUGGUCGAACAAAUUAUGCUCGCGCCGAACGAAUCCUACACCGUCUCGUCCCUGGCCGCUCUGCGGGAGGUGGGCACCCUCAAAGCGAACAUGACCAAGACGCAGGCCGAAGUGGUGCUCAGCAGUUUCGUGGCCAAAGGCUGGCUCGUCAAGAGCAGAGAGGGCCGUUAUUCCCUCUCUACGCGUACCCUGUUGGAGCUGCAGCCAUAUCUGAGGUCGACUUACCCAGAUGAGAUAAUAGAGUGCACGAUCUGUAUGGAAAUGAUCACACGCGGAGUCGCCUGCUACACGGCACAUUGCAAAACGCGUCUGCACACGCACUGCUUCAACAACUACCGGCGGCGCAACCAAAACUGCCCUACGUGCAAUGAGAACUGGUCUGCGGACGCCAACGCGCGGAAGCUACUGUCCAUCGGUGAAGGCGCGUUCAAGGAUGGGCAGGACAAAGGCAGUCGGCGGGCGCCGAGGAAGAGCGCAGCAGAGGGCGACGAAGACGAGGACGAGGAGAUGGAUGUUGAGCCCUCACCCUCACAGCUUUCGCAGCUAUCACGGAGCCAGGCGAAGAAGAGGGGGGGAAAGAAAGCUGUACCAGAGGAAAGCAUGGAUGUCGACGAGGACAGGCCAACUCCACCCAAGACUCAGAAGCGGAAGGGCCGUCGGUAG